AUGAAGUUCGCAAUCACUGCCCUGCUUCUCCUCCUCGGAGCCGCCAACGCGAUUCCUUCCGAAGUAACCACCAAGGAGAGUACCCAGAGUACCUGCAACGUCCAGUGCUCCAUUUGGUACACCAAGUGCUACCGCCGCCCCUGGGCCUACCUCUGCGAUGACAGCGGCAAGUUCGUCCGCCGAGGAUGGAACCCCGAUUGUGAGAAGAACUGUUGGUGCAACUGCGAUGCCAAGUAG